CAUGCCCAGCGGCAUGAGCUGCCCGUGGGCACUGCCCUCUGCUGUGCCGAUGCCUGUGGGAGGGGCCCAGGGCCAGCUGCUGCCUCUCAGGCCCAGCCUGCGCUGAGCCCCGGGUGGCCUGGCCAGCUUCCCUGCCGUUAGCCCCCUGAGCCAGACCAGAGGGGUCCCUGAGGAGCUCUGGGCUCUAAGUCCCAGCCCCUCUCCAAGGAGGCGGGCAGCGGGGCUCGGCAGCCAGAGGCUUCUCAGCUCUGAGCUCUGGAGCCAGAUGUAACAUUGACCUUAAAUGGUAAAAGCUCCCCAGAGUGAAGAGAGGCUGGCCGGAGGAGGAAAGGGGAAUAACUCAGUUUUAGCCUGUGGAGCCCAGGCCUCCUGGAGCAUCUUUGGGGCUGACGCAGCGGAGGUUCCGGGCUCGUGCAGCCACUCCCACCAGGAGGCUGCCAUGCCCCACAUUCCCGAGGACGAGGAGCCCCCCGGAGAGCCGCAGGCAGCCCAGAGCCCGGCCGGCCAAGGCCCUCCCACCGCAGGAAUAUCUUGCAGUCCACCCACCAUCAUCCUGACUGGGGAUGCCAGUUCACCGGAAGAAGAAACUGACAAAAACCUGGUCAACAGAGCCCACAGUCCCCACAGGAGGCUUUCUCACCGACACCUGAAGGUUUCCACUGCUCCCCUGACUUCUGUGGACCCUGCGGGGCACAUCAUUGACCUGGUAAACGGCCAGCUGCCGGACAUCAGCAUCUCAGAGGAGGACAAGAAGAAAAACCUGGCGCUGCUGGAGGAAGCCAAGUCGGUGAGUGAGCGGUUCCUGACCCGCCGCGGGAGGAAGUCCAGGAGCAGCCCCGGCGACUGCCCGUCAGCUGUUUCCUCAAACCUCAGCCCCGGAGCUUCUCCUGGGUCCUCUCAGAGCAACUCCCUCACCGUCCCCAAGCGGCCUGGUUUGGAUGCCUUCAGUGGCCCAGUGUCCCCUCUGCCUGGAGCACCGCCACAGCAGAAGGCGGAUGAGGCCGAAGUCUCUUCACCUCCCCUUGGCGAGCCUAAUGUCCUCAAAGGGCUAGCUGACCGGAAGCAGAAUGACCAGAGGAAAGUGUCUCAGGGCAGGCUGACUCCUCGCUCUCCCACAGUUGAGAAGUCCAAAGAAAUUGCAAUAGAACAAAAGGAAAACUUUGAUCCCCUCCAUCUCCCAGAGGCCAUACCCAAGGGCCCAGCUUCUGGCACAGGCAGUGGUGGGAAAAUGGCCCUGAACAGCCCCCAGCCUGGCUCUGUUGAGAGCGAGCUAGGGAAGCCGCUUCUGAAGACCACCAAGGAGGGCAACCCUCUGCCCAGAAGCCCAACCCAGUGCUCUGGAGGGGCGGCUCCCCAGUCCCCCCAGGGUAAAAGUACAGUCGGAGAGCCCACAGGGUCCAAGGUUGGCUCCAAAGCUGAGCUGUGGCCCCCUGCGUCCCGGCCGCCCCUGCUGCGGGGUGUCUCCUGGGAUAGCGGUCCCGAAGAACCCGGCCCCCGGCUGCAGAAAGUGCUUGCCAAGGUGCCGCUGGCAGAGGAAGAGAAGCGUCUUUCAGGCAAAGCUGGCAGCAAGGUGGCCAAGGCUCCUGGACUUAAAGACUUUCAGAUACAAGUGCAGCCAGUGCGGAUGCAGAAACUGACCAAACUCCGUGAGGAGCACAUCCUGUUAAGAAAUCAGAACUUAGUGGGGCUCAAGCUUCCAGACCUUAGUGAAGCGGCUGAGCAGGAAAAAGGGCCCCCUUCUGAACUCUCCCCAGCUAUUGAGGAAGAAGAGUCAAAGAGUGGCCUGGAUGUCAUGCCCAAUAUCUCUGAUGUGCUGCUUCGCAAACUGCGGGUCCACAAGUCUCUCCCUGGAAGUGCCCCUCCACUCACUGAAAAGGAAGUUGAGAACGUGUUUGUACAACUGUCCUUGGCCUUUAGAAAUGACAGCUACACCCUAGAAUCUAGAAUUAACCAGGCGGAAAGGGAACGCAACCUGACAGAGGAGAACACAGAGAAGGAACUGGAACACUUCAAAGCUUCCAUUACGUCCUCAGCUUCACUCUGGCACCACUGUGAGCACCGGGAGACCUACCAGAAGCUGCUGGAGGACAUCGCCGUCCUGCACCGCCUGGCUGCCCGCCUCUCCAGCCGAGCCGAGAUGGUGGGGGCCGUCCGCCAGGAAAAGCGCAUGUCGAAAGCAACAGAAGUGAUGAUGCAGUAUGUGGAGAACCUGAAGAGGACGUAUGAGAAGGACCAUGCAGAGCUCAUGGAGUUUAAAAAACUUGCAAAUCAGAAUUCAAGCCGCAGCUGUGGCCCCUCUGAAGAUGGGGUCCCUCGCACAGCGCGGUCCAUGUCCCUCUCGCUGGGAAAGAACAUGCCCCGCCGGAGGGUCAGCGUUGCCGUGGUGCCCAAGUUUAAUAUCCUGAACCUGCCUGGCCAGUCCCCCAGCUCAUCUCCCAUCCCCUCCUUACCAGCCCUGUCAGAAUCACCCAAUGGGAAAGGCAACCCACCUGUCACCUCAGCACUGCCUGCACUUUUGGAAAAUGGGAAGACGAACGGGGACCUGGAUUGUGAGGCCUCUGCUUCCGUGCCGACUCCAAGCUGCCUAGAGGGGUUUAGCCAGGAGACCAAGGCCAGGAUGGAGGAAGAAGCAUACAAGAAGGGAUACCAGGAAGGUCUAAAGAAGACCAAAGAGCUUCAAGACCUGAAGGAGGAAGAACAGAAGACCGAGAGCCCUGAGGAAGCUGAAGAGGCGGAAGAAACUGAGGAAGAGGAAAAGGAGCAGAGAAGCAGCAAACUUGAAGAAUUGGUUCAUUUCCUACAAGUCAUGUAUCCCAAACUCUGUCGGCACUGGCAAGUCGUCUGGAUGAUGGCCGCAGCAAUGCUGGUCUUGACUGUUGUGCUGGGGCUCUACGGUUCCUAUAACUCUUGUGUGGAGCAGGCCGACGGGCCCCUUGGGAAAUCCACUUGCUCGGCAGCCCAAAGGGACUCAUGGUGGAGCUCAGGACUCCAGCAUGAGCAGCCUACAGAGCAGUAGAAAACCCGACACCCAGCCAGUGCCCUGCUCCAGCGCACAGCCUGCUGCCCUUUCCCCAAGCAUGAUGUGUCAGGCCCGGGCAUGGGCACACCACUGCUGCGUCAGGGGAACAAGCAGGGGUCCUUUCACACUCGGCACCCCUAUGGGAGCUAUUCACACACAGUAACUGAUGUUCUUGGAGGAUCAACAGAAAGCAUCAGUGGACAAAGAAGUGGCCUUCACCAGGGAGCUCCAACGGAAGGGACAGUUGCCUGUGCCAGCUCAGAUGGCUGGGGAGAAACAAAACACCUUCCUUAUAGGCGACAGUGUGAAGCCCCCUCCCCCUCGCCAUUUUCCUCUCUGCCAUCGAUCGGAAAUCAGGAAGGAUUGUGUCUAAAGGCUAACUCUGCCCCCAAGAAUCAGACCUGGAAUUUGGAGUCUCACAUGAAUAUCUUCCCAUGUCCCAUCUCAUUCUUACUGACUCUCCUUCAGCCUUCCCUUCUCCCCUUUGCAAUCAGAGUUUCUCUUUACAGAAGUCAGAAAGGUUUCUCAGAAAAACAUUUAGGCUGAUUUUUAGCUCAGUGCUUGAAAUGAAAUGGGAAGAUGUAAAUGAACAUAUAUUCCUCUGUAAACGUGCACAGAGCACACACACACACACACACACAGCACACACAUGCACGAAGCCAGCUACCCUCCAAACGUGUGCUCUGGGUGUGUGUUCGGGUUAAAGCCAACCCACAGAUUUUCACUAGGUGUGGGGCAGCCAUCAGGCACCUGUUCAGUGAGCUUCCCACGAGGACUUAAGCUGUUUGAGAAACACUGAAAAUCAUGGCUUCCAUGGCAAACUUGCUGGUCUCCAUUUCCAGGGCUAAUUCUGAGCUGCUGUAGAGCACAGUCUAUCCCCUCUUUGUUCUCUCUGGCUGAGAGCAGUUAAUCUGCCUCUCAGGGAAAGAGGAGACACGAUGCACUUUCAGCUUCACUGUGCCCACAUGUGAGCGUGCAUCUCCACUGCAGUGUUCCAGUUUCAGUGGCAUUUCCAACCAAAGUGUAGGUCUCAGAGCAUUCCCAUUGUUUAGCAGAAAACUGAGAGUGCAUAUCCCACCACCAGCUGGACUUCUCGCUCCACCUUGACAGCUGCCGCCUGCCUUCUUGCCUCAUCAGUUCUGCGGGGUGCUGGUUUCUGUGUGGGUUUUAUGGUGGUGGCUUUGCUGUUGUUUUUGUUUUGCUGUUGACAUUUGUUUUUGUUUCUGACACUCACAUAGAACUUACUAUGAGCCAAACACUGUCUUAGGUAUUAUAUAGGGAUUCAUUCAUUGAGUCCUCAAGAAAAAGAAAAAACUAUGACUCUUCCCAUUUUCAGAUAAGGAAACUGAAGCACAAAAAAUGCAAAGUAACUUGCCAAGGAUACCCAGUUAGUAAAUCAUGGGGCUGGAAGUCAAACCCAGCCAGGCUGGCCCCAGGGGCUGUGCUCUCAACCCCUGCACUAAAUUGCCUCUUCCAAAGGUCUCCUAACUGGACAUCUUACAUUCCAGUUCCACUUCCCUGAGUGGCCCUUCAGCCACUCCAAGCCAUUUCUGGUUCUCAGACUAAAUUGUUUUCUCUCACUAGUUUUUCUUCUGCCGCUCUCCUCUUUUCUUCUGGUCACUCCUCAGGACCAAGUGCAAAACUCAUCCCUGCCAUGCACCUUUAAUGCCCUCCCUCCAACUCCCCACCAUACCCCACAUAAUAGGUCACACCCUUCUCUGUGCUUUCUGGCACUUUUGAAACAUUUUCAUUACUACUAUUAAUGACCAUUACUAUAGUAUAUCAGAAUAACUUAUUUAUGUGUCUGCCUUUCCUAGCAUUUUUCCUCAAAGACAAGAACCAUGUCUUACCCAUUCUCUGGGUAAGUGCCUAGCAUGGUGGCUGAUGCUUGGGAGGGUAUCAUUAAAUGUUUGUCAAAAGAACAAGUGAGCAUUCAAGGGGGUGGAGAGCAUUCUGGGAACAGCUGACGUUUUUCAUACUUCCCGACACCAGCAUCAUCACCACCACCAACUCAAUGAAAACAAUAACAUCUUUAUUAGCCUCGACUUAUUCCAGUAUUUUUCAGUCUACUCUGUGACCUGAUUAGGAACAACAUUUCCAAGCUCAAGGGCUAGGCUUGAUGCAACCACUCCUUUCAGAAAGACCCACCUAGGUUAGGCCCCACUGUAAAAACAACCUGUUGUUUUAAGGGGGGCAUCAUUUCCAGUGGCUAGAAAAGCACUGUGAGAGAAGCCCAAGCCAGGGUUGACCAAGGAUGUGCCAUUAAGGUAAAGAGGUGCAGAUCAUGGCAGACGGACUUUGGCUGCAUGGAUGGAUGGUUUGCCCUGCCUCUUCCAGGGGGACUGGAUACACUGCAGGACGUUUAGGCCCUCAAAGCCGAAGACAGGAUACAAAAAAUGGAGCUCCAGAGAGGCUGGCUGUGGGGCAGGACUCUAGGCUGGCAACAUCCAGUCUCAGCCUCCCGUGAAGAAGGACCAGGCUGAGCUGGCCCAUCGCCCACUUGGUCACAGGGUUCCCACCUUUGUUUCCUGUUGAGACAAAGGCCAGGAGAGGAGCUGCAGUGAGCUCUUGCCCCUCCAGCUGCUCCACAGAAAGGCCUGCAAGAAUGCUUCCAGUCCAGGCCCUCAGCCAAACGACUCUGUGAGUAAAGGGAGGUUGAGAACGAAAAGGAGCCGAAAGAGUAACCACGUUUCCAAGGGCAUUCCUGAAAAAGGACUCAAUUUCUUCACCAAAAGCAAAGAUGACCUGAGGCGAUUGGAACUGUUGCCAAAGCAGCAGUGAAAUGGACAGAAACAGGCCCUGUAUUUCCAACAGUGAUAUUGAUCUGAAAUAAAAGUUCCCUUCAAAAUGCCUCUGAGGUCUGACAUUUCUGCUUGGCCCUAGGACUCUCUGUAUUGCUCCCUGUGUACAGCCUGGCCGAGUAAGUGGAGAGGGAGAUGCUGGAUUUGUGUAUCACUGGCUGUCAGCUCCUAAUGUUGUUAAAGCUCACACAGGUGUGCUAGCCUUGAAAUAUAGAGUGUCACAUACCUGAGUUUGAAAAUAAAAGCACAUUUCCAAACCUUUGGCAGCAGCUGAACGCCUCCUCAUUUUGUGGAGCUGGGCCACAACCUUGCCCAACCCUGGAUUAGAAUCUACUUUCGGAUAACAGUGCCUCCCAGAAGUCCCCAGCCCUCGGGUGACUAUGGGCUCCCUCGCAGGGGCUGGAUCAGUUAGUUCCUCUCCUUCUCAUCCUCA